AUGGCGGAGCUUCAGUCCGCGCUUGCCGCCAGGCAGCAGAAAGGCGAAGAAGAUCAAGUGUUUGAGGGGUACGGCAAAAGACGGUUUACCUUCAAGGAGGGCAAGAAAGAUUCCUCCUCUGAUCCAGCUAGAGUUCUUCACCUAAUACAAGUCCAAGGCGUUGAAUCACCCACGGAACCACUGGAUGAGGGGCACCACAGUGACCCCCAAGAGCACCCUCCGCUGCCACCGCAGCAACAGCAGCAGCAAGAGCAGCAGCAGCAAGAGCAGCAGCAGCAAGAGCAGCAGCAGCAAGAGCAGCUGCAGCAAGAGGAAAAACAGCAGCAACAAGAUGAGGAGCCCGCCGUGAGCCCGCCCGUCGCCUCCACAGAGGAAGGAAACAAUCGCCAGCAGCCACAGCCAAAGAAGCCCCUUCGCCUUGAACAUCGUUUUGACUGGAGCCAUCGAUAUCCGCUGCAUUUUGCGAAGGACCACAAGAGCCCAGAGGUGCAGGCGAAGGCACGAAUGCUGGAGAGGGAGUAUAACCUCCCCUCGCAGGUUUCUGUGCGCAUAGCACUUCUCUAUCAGUAUAAAGAAGAUGGGAUCGGGGAAAGGAUAGCGGAUGUGUAUUUGGAGGCGAUUACAAAACUUCAAGCGGGCGUGCAAUGCUCGAAGCUGUGUCAUAGUUCGUUGAAGGUGAAGAGGAAGCAAUUGCGUCUGAUGUACCCUGAAGGUGCUUUAUGUCUGAAAACCCUCGGCCUUUCUGGUUUCUUCUCUGGCUCUUCUCGCAUUGAUUUCCACACAUUAAAGGACUUGUACAUCGGCACCUCGCACUCUGUUGAAUUCAGAGAAGUGAACGCUAUGAUUAGGCCAUUGGGGCAAAUGCUGCAAGAGAGCCGCUGCUGCGUACUGGCAACCACGCUGCGAACAUACUCUCUUCUGAUGGAUCGCCCGUCAGACUUAGCUGCAUUAUGCGCAGUUGUUGAUGUCUCAACAGGCCGCCACGGCCCCGCAGUGUGGAAUACGGGGGGAGUCACCGAUGCGGUGUUUGCUACGGGCAUUCAGGCCAGGAGGAUGAACUAG